AUGACCGGCUCUUCUCCGUGGACGGUGUCCCGCGGCCAAGAGGCGCCUGAUGGGGCCUGGGAGCGCUUGGCUCUGAGCUCAGCCCACUUCCCAGCACCAUCGAGGCUCAGGCUGUGGGACCCUGAGGAGCAGAGAAGGCCCGGCCCGCCAUGCACAUCCCCAAGGUCCCUCAGCAGGGCAGGGGUGGCCAACGGAGCCCCGUGGCGGCUGGCCUGGUACCUAGGCGUGAUGGGGAAGGAUGAACUGAAGGAGUUCCAGCUUCGGCUGCCUGAGAAGCCGCUCUGCAAGCCCUCUCCCGGCGCCACCCUGGCUCAGCUGCAGAAGGCAGAUGGCAUGGAGGUGGCCUCAGGCCUGGUGGCUCAGUAUGGGGAGCAGCCGGCCUGGGACCUGGCCCUCCGCACCUGGGAGCAGAUGGGCCUGAGCCGGCUGUGCGCCCAGGCCGGGCCGAGGCGGCCUUCAUGCCAGGUGAGCGCAAAACCCCCUCUGUCCACUGGCCAUCGCCUGGCCCCGGAGCCCCUGGGGACCCCCACCCCGGAGCCCCCCCAGGCCUUCCUCUGGGCAGCGACUCGGGACCCCUCUCCUCGCCAAAGUGCACCCAGCGUGCAAUCCCCCAGCGGGCUCACCUCCACCGACGUGCAGAGGUUCGUCCAGGCCGCAGAGACGGGGUGUUGGAGACAGCCACCGGACACAUCUGGACACACGCGGAACCGUAAGGCUGGCCGUGCCGGCCCCGGGGCCCCCCGCGGAUUCCACCCAGGAGACUCUUCCUUGACCUUUUACCAAGCCCUUCCAAGCUCCCCAGACCAAGAAUUGCCACUCCAGGAGUCACCCAGUGCUCCCACGUCCACGGCGGUCCUGGGGGACUGUGGGUCCCCACUGCAGCCCAGCCCCGAGCCCAGAAAGCAGGAGGCUCCCAGGGCUGGGUGGCCUCCAGUCGAAACAUCUGGAAACCAUAGCACAGCCCAGGCCCCUCCCACGGCCCUGGCAGGAGUGUGCCGGGGCGUCGGCAGCGCGCACAGCACGCGGCUUGGAGUGGGCACCUCAAACAGCUGCCGGGUGAACGGGAAGGCACCACACCUGAGGACGAAGAGGCCCUGCCCCACAGCGUCGUGGGGCGCUGAGGAUUUGCACCAAGAAGUCAUACAACUGCUGCUUCUCAAUCAACCUCACCGCAGAUGCCAGGAGUCCCUAACCAAGGGGGACUGGCACCACGGGGCGGUAGAGGAGCAAGGACAUUUGAUUGAGGUCAAAGACUUGUUUGGCCCAGGCCUGGGUGCCCAGGAAAAACCUCGAACUGUCAUCCUGCACGGGGUUACUGGCAUCGGGAAGUCAGAGGUGGCCAGGCAGGUGAGGAGGACCCGGGAGGAAGGCCGGCUCUACAGGGACCGCUUCUCUCUUCACGUCCUCUACUUCAGCUGCAGGGAACUGGCCCAGCCCGAGACGAUGAGUCUCACAGAGCUCAUCACAAAGGGCCGGGCUGCCCCCGUGGUUCCCACUGAACAGAUCCUGUCUCAGCUGGGACAACUGCUCCUCAUCCUCGAUGACCUGGAUGAGCCAACGUGGGUCUUGAGGGCAGAAGCCGGUACACACGCUCUGCUGGGCAGGUUGCUCAGGAAAACCAUACUCCCCGAGGCAUCUCUGCUGAUCAUGGCGCGGACCACGGCAUUGCAAAAGUUCCUUCUCUCUGCGGAGCGGCCACGGUGGAUGGAGGUCCUGGGGUUCUCCGAGUCUGGCCGGAAGGAGUAUUUCUACAAAUAUUUCAGGAGUGAAAGCCAAGCAGUCAGAGCCUUUAGCUCGGCUGAGUUAAACCAAGCACUGCUGACCAUGUGUCUCAUGCCCUUGGUGUCCUGGCUGGUCUGCACUUGCGUGAAGAAGCAGAUGGAGCAGGGAGAUGAGCUCUCACUGCCCCCCCAGACCACCACAGCCCUCUGUCUGCACUACUUUUCCCAAGCUCUGCCAGCCCAACCCCUUGGGACUCAGCUGAGGGGCCUCUGUGCUCCAGCUGCCGAGGGCAUCUGGCAGGGAAGGAGCCUGCUCAGUUGGGAGGAUCUCAGGAAGUGUGAGUUGGAGGAGGCCACCAUCUCCACUCUCUUAAACAUGGGCACUCUUCGAAAGCAUCCCUCCUCCCUGAGCUACUGCUUUGCUCACCGGUCCCUCCAAGAGUUCUUUGCAGCAGUGUCCUGCGUGCUGGGGGGCAAGGACAGGAAAAUCCACCCUCCCGACAGCACCAGAGAGCCGGAAAACCUGCUAAAGGCAUAUGGGAGUCUCAACCCGUUUAGGGUACCAACCAUGCGUUUCAUGUUGGGCCUUCUGAGUGAGCAGGGGGAGCGACAGAUGGAGGCGGUCUUCCAGUGCCAGGUGCCUAGGGAGAAGAAACAGGGACUGUUGUUCUGGGUGGAGGCGGAGGUCUGCAGCCAGCUCCCCAUUCUACAGCAAUGCUCUCUGCCCAUGUGCCACUGCCUGUACAAGAUUCAGGACAAGGAUUUCCUGGCACACGUGAUGGCCCAUUUCCAUGGGGCGAGCAUGUGUGUCCACACUGGCCUGGAGCUCCUGGUGUCUACGUUCUGCAUGAAAUUCUGCAACGUGAAUAAGCUUCAGUUGAAUGCGCACAGAUGCCUGACACCCACCCCGUUUGAGCUGAUGGAGCAGCUUGCUCUAACCAUCCUCCAAUUCUUCAACCCUGUGAGCUUCCCUAUCUGGGUCCCCCCCCAGCGCAGUUGCAAGGGAUGUGCACCCCAGACCCUGCCCACACAGCUCACACCUCUUCUGUCCGUCUCCCCCUCCCUCAGGCUCAGCGGGGUCCCAGUCACGGAUGCCUGCUGGCGGGUUCUCUUUUUCACUCUCUGGGCCACUGGAAACCUGAAGGAGCUGGACCUGAGUGGAAACUGCCUGAGCCACUCCGCGCUGCAGAGUCUGUGCGAGCCCCUGAGGUUCCCUGGCUGCCACUUGGAGGCCCUGCGGCUGGCCGGCUGUGGUGUCACGGCUGAGGGCUGCAGGGACCUCGCCUCGGCGCUGAGCUCCAGCCAGACCCUGACCGAGCUGGAGCGGAGCUUCAACUCGCUCCUGGACAAGGGAGCCGGGCACCUUUGCAAGGGGCUGAGACGGCCGGGCUGCAGGCUAUGCUGGCUGUGGCUGGUAGGUUGUGGCCUCACGUCCGGUGGCUGCCUGGCCCUGGCCUCCACACUGGGCGCCAGCCCCAGCCUGAAGGAGCUCGAUCUGCAGCAGAAGGAGCUGCAGGACGUCGGCAUGUGGCUACUCUGCUGGGGGCUCGGGCACCCUGCCUGCCGGCUCACACUCCUGUGGCUGGACCAGACCCAGCUGAGUGAGGAGGUGACCCAGAUGCUGAGGGCCCUGGAGGAGGAGAAGACUCCGCUGCUCAUCUGCAGCAGAUGGGAAGGGGCUACCGGAGAAGCCUGGACUCCGGCCACACGUUCAAAUUGGGACAAGCAGAAUUUAAGUGAGGAUGUCAUGGUGACAGCCCCAGCGUCCUCUAAGAUCUCGGGGAGAAUGAAGGCCUCCGUGUCUAGGAAGCCAAGUGUGACAAUGGCUAACGAGGGCCCGAGCAAGCGAGAGACGAGCGGCACGUCCUCACUCAAGCAGCAGGGACGAGAAUCAGAGGGACGCUCCCCUCAAGUAGCCCAGGUGGGACUCUUCCGUCUGCCUUCUCCGGGGGACCUGCACAGGGAGCCUCUAGGGACCGAAGAUGACUGCUGGGGUCCCCUGGGGCCUGUGGCCACUGAGGUGGUUGACGAAGACAGAAGCCUAUACCAAGUUCGCUUGCCCGCGGCUGGCUCCUACCACUGGCCCAACAUGGGUCUCCGCUCUGUGGUGCGAGGGCCCGUGACCAUCGACGUUGAAUUCUGCGCCUGGGACCAGCUCCUGAGCGGGAUGGUCCCACAGCAGGCCUGGAUGGUGGCAGGGCCUCUGUUUGACAUCAAGGCCGAGCCGGGGGCCAUGGUGGCUGUGUACCUCCCCCACUUCGUGGACCUCCGAGGGACUAACACCCGAGGGGGAGCAUGACUCUCCCCAAAGGCAGGGCGGAGACACCAGAGCC